AGACAGCUCAAAGCCCAGCCGCAGAGGGGACCGGCGUCCCAGGAGCUCACGGCCUUGAAGACAGAGAAUGCCAAUGCUGCCCUGUUGCUGGAGGAUGGGAAGGAGAAGGCAGCACUGGGAGAGGAGCGGACGGAGGGCACAAGACUUCUCCAAGGCCAAGAGGAGGAGGAGGAGGCAAGGACUGCAAGAAUCACCCAGGACAUUAAUGUCCAGGUCGGUCAAAAAGGCGCUGCUUCCCAGGUGGAAAAGGGAAAAGACCUGGAGCUGGAGGAGCAGUUUGAUGCCCUGAGGAGGGAGCACAUGGAGACCCUGCAAGAGCUCCAGAGAACACAUGAGCAGGAGAAGCUGCUGCUGGCAGAGUCCCACCACAGGUCCCAGACGGCCUUACAGGAGACCAUCCAGGUGCUGAAUUCCCAGCUGAAGUCCUUCCAGGAGAGGAUGAAGCGGGUGGAGGAGUCGCUCUUGAGCACAGACUACAAAAAGCACAUCCAGGAGCAUGGGAGCCCCAGCCCCUUCUGGGAGCAGGAGCUAGAGAGCCUGCACUUUGUCAUCGAGAUGAAGAAUGAGCACAUCCACGGCCUGGACAAGAAGCUGCUGUACCUGGAGGCUGUGGCAGAGAGGAACCUUCUGCUAGAGGAGAAGGUGAAGACCCUCCAGCAGGAGAACGAGGACCUGCAGGUUCGCACCCAGAACCACUUGGUCAUGGCAAGGCAGCUGUCGGAGGAGCUGGUGGCUGCCCGCGGGGCGCUGGAGAAGGAGGCACAGCUGCGGGAGCAGGCGCACCACGAGAAGGAGGAGCUGCUGUACCGCGUGCUUAGUGGGGGGGAUGGCACCCCCUUCCCCAUGGCUGCUGGCGAGGUGCCCCUCAUCGCCACGUAG